AUGGAGGGCACAACAAACUUCAAAGACAUUGCCGAAUUGUGGGCACUGCUGCAGCCGUCGCUCGACCAAAUCAUUAGUGCGGAGGAAAGCGGCGACGCCUCCCAGCGGCUGCCCACGCAUACCUACAGCCAGCUCUACUCGGUGGUGUACACGGUGUGCACGAAGGCCGAGUGCCACCAGGCAGGCGUCGUGGACCAACUCUACAAGCGCGUGGGCCAGUUCGUUGACGGCUACUGCCGGGAACGUCUUGCGCCGCAGCUGCGAGGGCUGCCGCCCGAUCGCCUGGUGCCACAGGUGCUUGCCCGGUGGGGGAGGUUCACUACGGUGCUGAAGAGGAUCACCAGCAUUUUUUCCUACCUGGAUCGACACUACUGCCAGAGCCUUCGGCUGCGCACCACCAAAGAGGCCGGCGUCAACAGCUUCCGGUUGCUCGUGGUGGAUCCCGUUGUUGAGGAGCUGAGCAAUGCGGUCUUGAACGGUCUUCAAGCGGCGCGGGCCUCCUCCGGCUCUGUAGCCGAACCCGACCAGCUGAAAUCUGUCAGCCAGAUGUUCGUGGAGCUCGGGUUGGACAAGCUCUUCUUCUACCAGGAGAACAUCGAACAGCCUUACCUGACACAAGUGAGGAGCAUCAUCGACAAGGAAAUGGCCAUUGCUCGCCAGGUCCUGCACGCGUCCACCGAAGCCAAGGUGGAGCAGCUCCUACCACAGCAGACGAGCCACCAAUAA